AUGAAGUGCCUACUGUUUCUCGCCUUUAUUGGGGUGGCUGUUGCCUUCCCCACCUUCGCUGAUGAUGAUGAUGACAAGAUCGUGGGAGGCUACACCUGUGCAGAGCACUCUGUUCCCUAUCAGGUGUCCCUGAAUUCUGGAUAUCACUUCUGUGGAGGUUCCCUCAUCAGCAGCCAGUGGGUCUUGUCAGCUGCUCACUGCUACAAAUCUCGCAUCCAAGUGCAGCUUGGGAAACAUAACCUGGAAUUAACGGAAUCAACUCAGCAGUUCAUCAACUCGGCUAAAGUCAUCCGCCACUCUGGCUACAGCGCCUAUACCCUGGACAAUGACAUCAUGCUCAUCAAGCUUUCCACCCCAGCCCAGCUCAGCAAAGCCAUCCAAACCGUUCCUCUGCCUACCAGCUGUGCAGCCACAGGCACCACAUGCCUGAUCUCUGGCUGGGGCAACACACUCAGCAGUGGCAGUAACUAUCCAGACACACUGCAGUGCCUGAAGGCUCCCGUACUCUCCGCCGCCGCCUGCUCCGAUGCCUACCCUGGGCAAAUUACCAAGAACAUGAUGUGUGUAGGAUUCCUGGAGGGCGGAAAAGACUCCUGCCAGGGAGAUUCCGGCGGUCCAGUGGUCUGCAACGGACAGCUCCAGGGUAUUGUUUCCUGGGGCAUUGGAUGUGCCCAGAAAGGCUAUCCUGGAGUUUACACCAAGGUUUGCAAUUACGUCUCCUGGAUCCAAGCCACUAUGUCCUCCAACUGA